AUGCCACCUUUGCAUUCCUUCUUUUCCGAUGUUGAAGAUGCGGAAGUGAUUGAGAUCUCGGACAGCGAUGACGAGAAGAUCCUCGCCGAUGAACAAACUCAGUCUAGCCUCACAGCGACUUUGAAGGAUUUCUCACCAGAGUCGAAUUUGUCAGAUGACGAGAUAUUGGGGCCUCUCACUCGGUCGCAAUCAGCGAAAACGUACAACGGGGGAGACACAAGGUCGACCGACUCUUCAGAUGAUACGCUUGAAGGACUGUGUGAGGCACUUGCGGACGAACUUUACCAACUUGAGAGUCCUGAGGACCUGGCCCUUCUGUACCCUCGAAAAUUCUCAACUUGGAGCAGUCUGCCGCCAUGCACACCGGAGGAUGAUGCUUUGAGUGAGUUGAUCACAAUAGACAAACAAAACAGGAUGAAUGACGACGACGGUGACUUUGAUGAGUUUUAUUUAGAAGAUUUCUACGUCUACCGUUCUCCGGAACAGCCAUCCGGGUUCAAAGGACAGUAUGAAAACUUAGUGACGGUGCAGACCUCUUGCAAAACCGAGGUCUUCUUAGUGGAUGGAACUCUGGUACACAACGGCAUCCGUCGACAUAUAAGAUGCGCCGAGAUAUCUGCUGUGUCAUUUGGGCAGCUUGAGAAGCUAGAAACUUCCACCACAGAAUAUGACAUCUGGAUCAAUACUUCUAUCUCCGCGCAGAAGAAGUACUGGUAUCGACUUCGUAAGCCAGUUCCAGGAUACAGAGAAUAUUGGAGAGACUUUCUGUGGGUCUCUGAUCUCAGCAAGCACGUUCUCGACUUCCUCAAAAGCAGCGACAAUGGUGUAAGACUAGGGGAUUUCGAGAAAGCCUUCUGGCGAUGGCUAAGUCGUCAACACGGCGACACUGUAUCUUCGUGGCAUGCUCAGUGUGGCAAGAAGGAGGAUCUCCGACCUUGGCUAUGCCAGCACCGCUUCUUCUUAUGGAACACUUUCUAUUGUCUCCACAGUGACCCCGACGUUGUAUCAAAACAUCCACUGUGGAAAGACCUCGGGCUGUUUGACUGUCGUGAUGACAAGCGAAACCAGUCCAAAUCAGAAAAGAGUAUCGUCACUCCCAAUGUCGGCGCCCAAUUUCUUAGGGUCUUUCCACGCUGGCAAGGAUUACAGUUACUACAGGUUGUUGAGCCUUGUCCAGACGUCAGAGCCUAUAGACACCAAAGGGUCCGUGAGUGGAAGUUUCCCCAAAAGUUUUCCUAUCGUCAGAAUGACAAUUUCAGCGGCGACCGAAUCUCCAAAGCCGCCUAUAUCCUCGAGGAAACAAGACCAGGCCAUCAUAUUGUACUGCCACUUAAUGACCUCAAAGGCAAACUUGUCAUCAUCCAACUGGGAAACACCCAACAAUGUGAGUUGCGCUAUGCAUUCGUUCGAUGGACAUCGAACUUGUCCAAGACAAUCAAGGUGAUAUGGGCAGUUUUACCGUCAAGUACGCUCUGUGGCUCUCAGAAAGAUCGCACUGAAUACCCUAUUGGUAAUGAACUAUUUUUUACCGAUGAAUGUAACUGCGAAGAAAUUCCAGUCGCAAAUGUUGUCAGGACAGUUAAUGUCAGUGCCUUUACAGAUCACGCGAAGGAGAGUGAGGAUGCGAAACUGUUUAUUCAUACUCUGUAUCGUGAAAAAGAAGAGUGUUUCAUCACCGCCAUCGAGGACGAGCUUGUGUGUCAUUGUCAAAGCCGGAUAAAUAAGAAAAUUGCGCCAUCACGGCUACAUCCAGUCCAGAACAAUAUCGAAUGCCCGAAGAUGAAGGUACUCAGUUUAUUCGCAGGCGGUGGUCUGUGGGAUCACGGCUUCACAUGUUCUGGCUAUGCAGAGAUCGACACCGCCAUUGAGCAUAGCGAGAUGGCUAUGCUAAAUCAUCAAGCAAAUUAUCACCACUCGACGGAGACCCAAUACAAACUUGACUCUGUGAAUGCGGUACUCCGAAGAAUCCUAACAGGGGACGAGCCUAUCAAACACAUGGAUUGCCUCAUUGCCGGCUGUCCCUGUCAAGGAUUUAGCGGUCUGAACAGACAUCCUGACUCAGAAGGUUCUCUGAGAAAUUGCUCACUGCUUGCCACGACACUGUCGUGGAUUGAGACAUUCAUGCCUGCUUAUGCGAUUAUUGAGAACCUCCCCAGAAUGAUGGAGAACAGAAGUCCCAAUGAAGGCAAGCAAGCCGUAUGUCACCUGGUGGCACUAGGGUAUCAGGUUCGCACAAAGGUUUGCGAGGUAGCCAAAUUCGGUGGGGCAUCAAAGCGGAAGCGACUCAUUAUCAUCGCUGCUGCACCGGGGGCGGUUCUGCCAGUAUCAAUAGACGAGACCUCAGACCCGAGAGCGUGCGCGGUGACCAUGGCUGAUCUACCACCGGUUCAUGAUGAUGUCACUAUCAACAUCCUGGAUCCAUACCACGUUCCAAUCUCUCGACUCAAAGUGUCCCUACAGGACGAAGUCAGCUUAAGGAAUGUCGUUCAACGUAUCCCGACGAGCCCGAGUGGAAUGUCUCUGAGUAAAGCCUAUUACCAUGGCCAUUUGACGCCCUCACAGAACAAGUGGUUUCGAACUCUCAACGACAACCACCAAGCCAAAAACUCCAGUCGCUACAGAAGGAUCGACCCAGACAAGCCGUUUCCAACCAUUUGCACCAAAAUUGCGCCCGACAGUUCGGCGAAUGGAGAAAUGAUGCACCCCUUUGAACAUCGAACGAUUUCACUUCGAGAGGCGAUGCGGGCUAUGGAUCUCCCCAAGAAUUUCUUGUUGAUCGGGACAGUCGCUCAACAAUAUGGGGUCCUCGGGAAUGGGGUCCCCUAUUCAUUGGGGGCGAUGUUAGGUCGAGUGGUUGGCAAAUGCUGGAGAGCGACUUUGGGUCGGGGAGCAGGCCCUCCUGCUUCCACGCGCAACAAAGAGAGCCAGACCUCUGUGCAGCUUGGAUUGAGCGUUACCGUUCCAAACAUCGCACCUCGACGACACAAACGGGCAAUCGUUCUGGACGAAGAAGACGAGAAGAGUGAUGGGAACGUGUCUUCCACUUCGGAUGUUGUUUUUCUAGAGGCCAAACCAGUAAAGAAGAACCGCCUGGAGUGAGUUAUGAUAUUCGUGACCGCGAUGUGGUUUGAUAUGAAUUCCUGUAAAGUGGCGAAGAAUGGACACCGAAGAAGGAAAUGGAAAAAGGGCCUGAGAUUUCUUUCCCACGCACAGGUAUCCCGUGAUUCCAUGAUAUCUCACUCUCGACUUUUCCUUCUUCACGCGCAGCUAUCUUGUGAUUCCCAUUUGACUCACCUGGUCCAUGAAGAGCAAAAGAAGAGAGUCUCGCGAUCGAGGACGAGAUUCGAAAUCCCUAGAAGGUGAAAAUUGAC